AAAGGAAUUGACACUUGUUAAAUGCCACCCAUCACCUCACUUCUCCCUUCAGUAUAAAACAAACCCAUCUUUCACUCUCACACUCGCACCGGAAGGGAAGAUGAAGGGAGAGCACCAGAAGCUGAAACCCCACGCGCCGCCGCGUCCACUCUUCUCCUGCGGCUUCUGCCGCCGGUGCUCCCACUCCGUCCUCAGCCCUUCCUCCUCCCACAAACCCUCCUCCUCCUCUUCUUCCUCCUCCUCCUCCUCAUCCGCCUCCACCUCCCAAAGCUUCACCCAAUGGCGCUUCCCUCACCACCCCGACCCUCUCCCCCCUCCCAAAACCCUACCCCUACCCCUUUUCAACCCAUCUCCCCCUCCUCCUCCUCCGCCUCCGUCGUCCAUUCCCCCUCUCCCCGCCACCACCCUCCAAGAGACCUUCCACAUCGCCGAGCUCCACCUCAUUUCCGGCUCCGAUUCCGACAAGCUCAUCGCCCUCCAGCUCCUCGAGCGCUCCGUCGUCCCGGACCCGCCCUCCGACCCCACUUGCCCACCCGGUCUCAUGCGCGGUCUCGUCCGAUGCCUCCGCACCACCGACCGAUCCGCCGCCAAACACGCCUCCAAGUCUCUCCUCGCUCUCUGCCUCGCCGAGAGUAACCGCCGCGUCGCCGUCGAGGCCGGUGCCGCCGGUGCUGUGGUGGAGACCGUCGCCGGGCUCGAGGAUGCCUCGGCGGAGCGCGCGCUAGCUGCGCUGGAGCUUGUGUGCACGGUUCCGGAGGGCGCGGCGGAGGUGAGGACGCAUGCGAUGACGGUGCCGGUGAUGGUGGCGGUGAUGGCGAGGCUCGCCGGGAGGGGGAGGGAGUACGCUAUGAGCAUAUUGGCUGUGGUAUACGGUGGCGGAGGGGAGGAGAUUCCGGCGGCGGCGCCAGCGGAGGAGGUGGCGAGGGCGGUGGCGCUGGCGCUUCAGGGGGAGUGUACGGCGAGGGGGAGGCGGAAAGGGGCGCAGUUGCUGAAGACGCUCGAGGAAUAUGGACGGUCGGAUCUUAGUCAGGAUGGGGCUUGAUUUCCAUCCAACGGUUCAGAUUUUGUCAGAUGAAUCAUCUGAAAAAUAAAAGUAAACAUGUUCUCGUGUCACGGGCUUUUUAAAAGUAGAGUGUGGGCCACUCGUCGUCUGUAUCUCCCCCCCCCCUUUAUGCGUGUGUAUAUAAUGGUUCUUCAAAAUAAAAUAUUAUCAUUUUUAUUAAAUACAAGGUUUUUAAAUCAUCUUGCAAAAAUAUUGUGUAUAGAUAUUUUUAUCAUAUAUUCAAUAAUUCAACCA